CAAACAUGGCCUUAUAAUUUAUGCUACGUAAAAAUUUCUCUUUCCACUCUAACAUGUGUUUUGAGGUCCAAAGUUCUAUCUUUUGUUAGGAACAAAUCCCCUAGCCUAAUUUCGUUGAAUGAUAAACCGAUCACAAUAAAGAAGCUCUCCUAUCGCUUGAUCUGAGGUUGGAAUCCGAGAGUUUUCUGAGGGGAGAGAAUGGCCGGAGCUUCUGAUGAUCCUCAGGCCAGCAGCAUCUGCACCCACUGUUGCACGCAAAAUAUGUGAUAGAAAGAAGAUACUUGCCUCUAUACUUGGUUCUUUUUCAUGUCUUUGCUUUAUAGUUUGGAGUGACAGAGCAAUUCCUUCUUCCAAUUUUGACUUGCAUACUGCUCACUGCUCCCGGAAUCUGGAAAAAUGUAAAGUAUGUGGUGAUAUGAUUCCAAAAAAAUCUGCCGAGGAACAUUUCUUAAGCACUCAUGCUCCGGAGGUGUAUAGGCUUGCCUUUCUGAGGGCAUGUGGCCCCACUAAGACUCCACUUACUUUACGAUCACAGGACUUCCAACAUGGUUGUUCAAUGAGACAACCAACACAGUUUCACUUUCACAUGAAAUGCAAAAUUCAAUUGUUCUUCUGUAAACAUGUUUGGUGUAACAUGAAUUUGCACAACAGAGCUACUGGGACAACCAGAAUAAACAGCGUGGAUUACUUUUUCUUUACCCAACAUCCAUCUUUUCUUGAGAUAUGUGGUGUCUUUCUUCGGGUGUCCUGUUCUCUGUGCAGUGAGACAAUGGACCGUGGCAUAUUAGACCUUCACAAAGGAGAAAACUGUCCACAAAGGAUUGUGACAUGCGAAUUUUGCGAGUUUCCACUGCCUGCAAUUGAUUUAUUGGAACAUCAGGUGUGUAAUUGUCAUCUCACUAAUAAUAUCAGGAAGUAUGUGGGAACCGCACGGAGCUAUGUCAUCUGUGCCAUAAGUAUAUUAGACUGCGAGAGAGGCAUAACCAUGAAAGUAGCUGCACUGGUUUUGUUAAUAUCAAUGCAGAAUCUUCAAGCUAACACCAGCCUUGAACCU